AUGGCUGCAAAUUCAGCUUUGGACAAGAAGCUUCGACGUGCCAUCGGCAUUUUGGAAGGAAAUCCACCGCAAAGAACGGGAAUUCCCACUCCGAAAAGGUAUGUUUAUGUUAUUGAUGUGUUUAUUGGUGUUUAGACACAAGGAUCCGUUGGUCGAGGCCUGCCAUGAGGUGCGCAAAGUCUUGGUGGAUGAGGAAUACUGGCCAAAAACGUAUACGAGCCGCGCCUUGAGUGGGCUCUUUGAUGUUCUUGAUAAGGACGAUGCAAGUCUGCGGAUUCUGGCGGAUCAAUGUCUCAAUGGCAUUCUGAGGGUGUGUUAUUUAAGUCUCAAGACUUUUGAGUCUUUAAACCUCAUUUUGGAAGCUAAAUUUUGACUUUUUUCAGAAGUUUUUGACCAAAGGCCAAACUUCCCGGACUUUGGCCAUUCUGCUCAACGAAUUGGGUCGGAAAGCCUCGGCUAGAGGAUUUGUGGCCGCUCUGACGAUGUUAGAAUCUACCCUACGAUAUGCCAAAGAAGCUAGACUGCCUGUUUACGCGAUGCAUCUGCUGAAUUCCCUGAAAGAAGCGGUCAAACGUCCAGAACAAGCAGUUCAAAGUGUUGUAGAGCAACUUUUUGCCCCAAUUUUCGAAUAUUUUAAAAAUGAUUUGAACGAUUCGCACUAUAAUUACGUAGAUGCUCUCGCAAUGCAGUGUUUGGAGAAUCUUCAGCUCUCUGGAGUUUCAAAUCGAGCAGCAUCGGCAGUUUUGGCGGGGAUUUUCGAAAAUUUCCCGAGAAUCCGAGCGAAAAUCGUCUAUAGUUUGCUGGGUAAGUGUCGAAAAGUUUUCGUUUUUAUGUAUUUAGAUACCCUGCGAUCUGCUGAAGAUAUCAAUGAUAAGAACCGUCUGGUUGGAGCGUUCAACACCUUCAAAAAACUGUGGAAAAACUUGGAGUCAGCUGAUGUUAUACAUUCAAUUUUAUAUCGAGUUCUCUGCUCGUUACGAACUCAAUCCAGCGAGAUUCAAACGGCUGGAUUAGAGCUCUUGGAUGAGGCAAUAUCCUCAACGUCAUUGGAGAUUUUAAAGUUUCAACCAGCCAGUUUUACAGACUCGGAUAACGGGAGGUCUUCGAUUCCGGAAAGUCUGGGAAAUUUGUCGGUAAGUGAUGUUUUUUGCUGUUGAUUCUGUGUUUAGAUCAACGAAAAGGACCUUUCGUUUGAUGUGGAUGAGGGUGCGACAAUGUCAAGGUUCAAUUCGGUCAAUUCUUUGGAGGAAUCCGUUCCACCAAGUGCAAGGUCAGAGGUCUCCGAAGAAGAUGUUUUUAACAAUGCUAGUGACGAUGUAGGUAUUUAUCGCAUCUAUAAAGCUUAUUUGCUGCAAAUUUAAUUCAUUGUUUGCCUAAAACGGAAAAAUUUUAUAUUAUCCAUGACAAAAAUAUUGAUUUUUUUAUGGAAUCUGCUUGUAUGGUUGGUGAAAAUGACUUUUUAUUCUUUUCUGAGCUGUAAUUCAGCAGAUAGAAGAAGAUUUUUUGUCAAAACGGGCAAAAAUUAUAUUAUCCAUGACAAAAAAGUUGAAAAAUUUGCUUGAAAACCAGAUUUUUUAAUCUUCUAAGCGGUAGAUGGGUUUUUUAAAUUAAUAUUCAUGCUUUUUUCUAUCGAAGCUAUUUACAGGAAGACACAAAUUCGGGUCGGACUUCAAAAAGUGGUGCCGAAAUCGAAACCGAUCCUCUAUUCCGCCGCUCUUCACCUUCUGAAUACCUUUUGGACAACGUUGAAGAGCCCGAAACUCAAGAAUCCCCCUCACAUUCGGCUCACGAAGCGAUUUAUGGCCCAUUAUGUGCGGAGCUGCCUAAAACAAGGUUGGAAAGCACCGCGAAUUUCCUCGAUUACACUGGCUAUACGAUCUUAUCGAAGUUUCUGUUCACUGGAACUCCGGGGGAAUUGAAAUCGGACUCGGAAGUCAGAGUUUCCAUCAAAGUUUUGGCCCUCAAAGUUCUGGCCGCCAUUUCAGCUGUCUAUUAUAAGAUAAAUGAGCUCGUAAUAGGCCAGCAACAUUUCUCGGACAUCCAAAUCUUGAUCCAAAAUUCGGAUGAUGCUGUGUCCGUUCGAUGUUUUGAAGUUUUGACCAAUUUGGAAACGGAAAUGAUCAGGAAAGGCACAAAAAUCUGGCCAAUUACCCCUCCAAGCAAGUUUUUUUCCGAUUUUUUUGUUGAAUUUUAGGUAAAACUUUGAUGAACAAGAGUACUUAUGGAUAGUUUGAGCGAUUGGCUGCAAGAAAUUACAUUGUUUAGACUAAAAAUACCUUAUUUUAGGUAUAAAUUUGAGAUUUUUCGUCAAAAACUAUGUCAUUUUAGGUGUAGAUGGAGAUUUUUUGCUUUCAAAGGAUGUAGAAUGGUCUAAAAUAUGAUGGUGAAGGUUUUAACAUGUGAUUAUCAGAUUGGAACAUUAAUUUUUUUCAAAAAGGCCUUAUUUUAGGUAUAAAUUCGGUAUUUUUGAUCAAAAGUUGUAUUAUUUUGGGUAUAAACGGAGAUUUUUUUGAUUUCUGAGGAUGCAGAAUGAUCUAAAAUAUGAUGGUGAAGGUUUUAUCAUUUGAUUAUGUGAUUGGAACAUUAAUUUUUUUCAAAAAGACCUUAUUUUAGGUAUAAAACAUGAUUUUUUGAAAAAAAACAUUAUUUUUGAGCCGCCAAAGGAUUGUAUUUUGGUCUGAGAAGGAGCUAGAGGGCUUUGUUUCCUUCUAAAAGCAAUAAAAUAGCAAAAAAACAAGUUGAAAUCUAAAAUAAGGUAUUUUUGGGCAAAUUUUACGAUUUUUUGCCAUUUGCAUACGAAAGACCAAAAAAAAUUGCCGAUUUCCUUCUAAAUUUUCCCUAUUUUAGCUAAAUUCUCCAUGCAUCUGAGCCAACUAACCCGCCAACCCAACCCAAUGAAGCUCAAAGAACUCUUCCAAGUCCUCAACAAGGCUCAUCUCCUCCUCCAAGCAGAUCAAAACACCCUAAAAUCGGUGCUGAACCUGGCCAUCGACACCUUUGAAUGCGAUUAUUUUUUGUUGAAGGUGGUCCGAGCCGAAUUCUUGGCCCAUAUCAAGUGGGAUUUGAUAAAUCCGGCCACCAGAGAGGCAUAUCAACGGAAAUGCUUUCAACUCUUGAUGAAAAGCCUGUUUGAUAGCGAUUAUAGAGUGGCCAGCGCGGUCAGUGAACUGCUUCCAGUGUGAGUUGAGGAAAUUUUUUUAUUUUUGGGGGAAAUUUGGGGAAAAAUAUGAGUUUGGAGAAUCUGCACGGUGCGGGGAGGAAAAGAUUUUUUUUGCACGGUGCAAAACGGAAAAAAUGUUUUUUGUUUGCACUGUGCGAAAGAAGGUUUUUGCAAAAGGUUCAUUUCGCACCGUGCGAUAAACAGAAAUGAAGUCAUUGCACUGUGCGAAAAAUUAAAAGGAUUUUGUUUUGCACCGUGCGAUAAACAAAAAUGAUUUUUUCGCACUGUGCGAAAGAAAUUUUUGCAAAAGGUCGUCACUGCGCGGUGCGAUAAAUAAAGAUGAAGUUGUCGCACUGUGCAAAAGAAAAUGUUUGCAAAAGGUUCAUUUUGCACCGUGCGAUAAACAGAAACGAAGUCAUUGCACAGUGCGAAAAAUUGAAAGGGUUUUUUUGCACUGUGCGUCCGAAAUUUUUGCAAAAAUUCGUGAUUGUACGGUGCGAUAAACAAAAAUAAAUUUUUCGCACUGUGCGAAAAAUGGAAAGGGUUUUUUCGCACUGUGUACUGAAAUAAAUGGAAGAAUUCAUAUGGAAGUUCGGGGUGCGGUAAAUUUUUGUUCAGUUUACAAUAAAAAAUUUGAAAAAAAAAUUGGUGCACAGUGCGAAUUUUGGGCAUUUUCUAAUUGCAUAGUGCAGAAAUUAAAAAAAAUGAAUUUUUGCACUGUGCAAUAGAGGAAUGAGUAGAAAAUACGUCGAAAUGUGAAGAAUUAUAGAUGUUUUUUAUUGUUUUGUAAAAAAAUUGAAUUUUUUUCGGUUGCACAGUGCGAAAUUUUUGAUUUUUUUGACCGCACGGUGCGAAAAAUCAAAGUGAUUUUUUUGCACUGUGCGAUAAAAAAAUAUUAUUUUUUGCACUGUGCAAAGAAAGAAUAGACUAUUCUGAGAUUUUAUGCGGUUUUUAAUGCCAAUAUUUUCACUUCAGAGCCGUCAAAAACGCCGAAUUUUCGCAACUUUCGAACACUUUCAACUGCCAGUGGCCCGAAGAAAUGGCCGCGCCCUCCUUUGCAUAUCAGCCCCAGGUCUUCGCUCUCCAUCCAAAUUACUCCUUUCGAGGCGACUGUCCCGACCUCGUAUUGGAGCAUUCACUGACAACAACAAUUGCAAUGUUAUACGAAGAAGUUUCGACUCGAAAUUCGGACUUUUCCCACUUUGUCCUGGGACUUUUGAAGCUCGCUGAGCAAUUCUCACCAUGUGUCUACGGCCAAGCAUGGGCCUGCCCGGACAACAAGAGCCAACGAAGCGUCUUGGAUAUAGUUUUGGAGCAGACGGACGGGUUCACAACAAAUCCCAGCGAUUUUAUCAACGCCCUACGCCUAAUUUCCCUAAUUUUUUGCGGAUUAAUGGAAAAUUCGCUGUCUCAAUAUGCGAAUCAGCCCAAGGAAAAGGAUUUCCUGCAAGGAAAUGCCAUCCUCGAUCAGGUGAUUACGGUUUAUCUAAGGGUUUUGAACUUGUAUUUCACUGUGAUCCGAGAAAAUACGACCAAACUUUCGUCCACAAUGAACUCUCCGCUGUUUACAAAGAGGAAUUGGGUUCAAGGAGGGGUGAAUUCGUCGGCUUAUGAGAAUCGGUGAGGAUUUUUUGGGAUUUUUGAGGAUUUUUUUGAAUUUUUUUUUUUUUUUUGAAAUUUUGUUUUUUUUUAUAAAAAAUCGUCAAAAAAUGAAAAAAAUUUGCAGAUCCAUGUUUUUGGACACACAUUUUUUCCGAAAAAAUUUUUUUCGAACACUUUUUUUUGUAAAAAUUUCAUUGCAUCGUGCAGUGAAAAAAAAGUUGACUGCACAGUGCGAAAACGGAAAAAUUUAUUUUUUUUUGCACUGUGCGAAGGAAAAAAAAGUUUUUUUUUGGUUCCAAAUCGACCAAAAUCGUUUACGAUGUCUAUGAGAGCUAAUUUUGGGAGAUUUUUUGAGGAAAAAUUGGGAUUUUUUGGUAAAAAUUGGGAUUUUUUGACAAAAUUGGUGGUUUUUUGCUGAGUUUUUUGGUUUUUUCCUUUGGUUUUUGAAGAAAAAAGGUUACUAGAGACGUUUUGAGAGUAGAACAGACAUUUAUGUGUGGUUUUUAUUAAAAAAAAGAUAAUUUUUUUUUUCAAAAAAAAAAAUUUUUUCAAAAUUUUUUUUUUCAAAAAUUUUUUUUUUUUUUCAGCUCUUACUCCAUCUCCCACCUAGUCGGCACAGGUGUCCAUCCAACCAGACCCACCUCAUACACCCAAUCCGCAUCCCUAAAACGCAUCGAGCCGCUGAUCCGUGGAGCUUUUUCCAAUCUCCAAAGCUCCCUCAAAAAACAAACCGAGGAAAGAGUCACAAUUCUCCUCAAUACCGCGCUGGAUGGACUCUCAUCACUCUUAGAAUUGACCUCAAGAGAGAUUAUGAACUCUUUCAUAGACGAGCUGUUCAUUUAUAUACGCACUUUGAUGCAUUUUUCGCUAGCGCCGGUGACAAAAGUGAUUACGCAACUUUUGAAAAAUAUCUUUGAUAAAAACGCAUUCCACAUCAAUUCAAAUACGCUGGUGUCGCUCAGAUUGAAGAAUGCGGUCAUGCCAAAUGGUAGGGAAAUUUUGAAAAAUUUUUUUUUUUUUUUUGAAAAAUUUUUAAACAUUUUUUUUAAUUAAAAAAAAAAUUUUAAAAAAAAAUUAAUUAAAAAAAAUUUAAAAAAUUUUAAAAAAUAAAAAAAAAUUAAUUGAAUUUUUUUUUUGAAAAAUAUUUAAACAUUUUUUUUAAUUAAAAAAAAUAAAAAAAAAUAAAAAAUAAAUUUAAUUGAAAAAAGUAAAAAAAAAUUUAUAAAAAUAAAAAAAUUUAAUUAAAAAAGAAUUUUUUUUAAUUAAAAUUUUUUUUAUUUUUUUUUAAUAAAAAAUAAAAAAAAAUUUUAAUUAAAAAAAAAAUUUUUUUAAAAAAUAAAAAUAAAAAUGUUCAGACCCGCUGGAAAUGUACAUAGGACGAAGCAUCAACAAUUUUUCCGUCUAUCUCGCCUUCCUAGACCGCUCGGAACACUUCACUUUACACCAGCUCAGACAUUUUGGAUGGAUGAACAAAACAAUCGGAUCCCCCGUGCCAAAACGAAGCGCAAAUCAUGCGCUGGAAAUUGGAGCAAGACUGGAACAGUUUGAACGUUUUGUGACGUUCCUUAUGCACGCAUUUUUGAACAAUUCGCAGAAGGAAACUAGGGAAAAUGUAGGAUUUUUUGAGAUUUUUUUUGGGUUUUAGAAGGAAAAAGUGAGGAUAAUUUUGAUGAGAAAUGGGAUGGUAUUUGGAUUAAAAUUUUUGGAGAGAUUAUGAGAUUUUUAGCUCAAAAUUUGCGGAAAUUACAGGGAUUUAGAGUCGAAAUAUGUUGAAAUUUAAAGAAUUUCAAAGAUUUGGGUAGAAAAAGUGAAAAUAAUUUGGGUGAAUGUGCGCUGGGAUUUAGAUUAGAAUUUUGUGAGAGAUAUUUGAGACUUUCCGCUUGAAAUUUGCAGAAAUUAUCGAGAUUUAGAGACGAAACAUGCUGAAAUUCAAAAAAUUUCAAAAAAAAAUUUUUUUAUUUUCAAUUUGAAAAAUUGACAUUCUAAUUUAAGUGGAGAGCACAAGAUAUUUACUGAAAAUUACUUUUUUUCCAAAUGAAAUUCACAAAAAUAUGGCCUAAAAACACCUAAAAUGACUUUAGGCAGAGAAAAUGUGAUUUUUGGCCAUAUUUUUGUGAAUUUCAUGGGAAAAAAUUAAUUUUCAGUAAAAAUCUUGUGCUCUCCACUUCGAAGAAGAAUGUCAAUUUUUCAAAUUGAAAAUUAAAAAAAAUUUUUUUUGAAAUUUUUAAAAUUCCAACAUGUUUCGUCUCUAAAUCUCGAUAAUUUCUGCAAAUUUCGAGCUGAAAAUCACAAAUAUCUCUCACAAAAUUCUAAUCCAAAUCCCAGCUCAUAUUCACCCAAAUUAUUUUCACUUUUUCUACCCAAAUCUUCGAAAUUGUUUAAAUUUCAACAUAUUUCGACUCUAAAUCCCUGUAAUUUCUGCAAAUUUGACGCUAAAAAUCUCAAAUAUAUCUUGGAAAAUUGUAGGCUAGGCUUUUGUCUAGCUCAAUUAAAAUUCUGGCCAAAUUUUUCAUCAAAAAUUUGCAGAUUUUAUCUCUCCUCGGCGUACUUGUCACAAAUGAUGUCCGCUACGACAAAUUGGACCCUCAAAGCCGGAUUUGGAAGUCCGUCCUCCAAUUCAUCCGCCAUCCCACCCUAAAAUACGUGGAGGAAUUGAAAAAUUUGUUCACUUUUGUGUGCCUGGCCACCAGAGUUAUAGACGUUUCCUUCGACGAAGUGAUCAUUUUGAUGGGGAAAUGCCUCGAAAAGCUGGAAAAAACAAAUGCGGAUGACAUCUUGGACGCUCUGCAUGUCGUCCUAUUGGAAGCAGUGGGGUAUUAUGUCAAGGUAAGGGGAUUUUUAUAUUAUUUUAGGUAUAUAAAGGUCGAAAUUUGAUUUUUUUUGGGUAGAAAAGGCGAAAGCUUGCAAGUUUUUGGGUAUAAUUAGUACUGUUUAGGUGUGAAAUUUAAUUUUAUGGCAAGAAUUUGAGAUUUCCAUUGGUGAAAGUGCGAUUUUUGCCUAAAAUUAUAUUAUUUUAGGUAUAUAAAGGUCGAAAUUUGAUUUUUUUGGGUAAAAAAGGCGAAAGCUUGGAAGUUUUUGGGUAUAAUUAGUACUGUUUAGGUGUGAAAUUUAAUUUUAUGGCAAGAAUUUGAGAUUUCCAUUGGUGGAAAUGCGAUUUUUGCCUGAAAUUAUAUUAUUUUAGGUAUAAAAUGAAGUUUUUACUUCAAAUUUUAGUUUUUUCUUGGUCAAACCUCUUGAAUUGAUGUUUAAAUUUUAAAAUGAGCUUUAUAGUCACAAUUAAAAGUGUUUUUACAAAAAAAUUGAGAGAAAAUUAUAUUACACUAGACAAAAAUUCAAAAAUUUUUUGAUUUUUUCCCAUUUUUCAGCCUAAAUUGGAUUUUUUUCUUUCAGAAUAAAUACUAAAACGCCUAUUUCAGGUCCCUCAAACUCUCAUCGACCUUUUGAAACAAGAAAACACCUCGUUAUUUUCAAUUUCCCCUGCAAAAACCAUCCAACUUUGGACAUUAAUCCUUCACUGGGCACGCACAACUCAACCCGACCUGUUCUACCAAGAUUUAUCUACAAAUUUUGUCCAUGAACUUGGACUUUUCAUCGACAAAAGUGGUUUCAAAACUUUUAAAAAUCGAAAAAUGGCCUUUGAAAUCGGAAAUUCGAUCAUCAUCGGCCUCAAAACGUGUCAUCCGAACACUUUCAAGCCAAUAAAUAAUAUCGCGGAAAUGCUGAUCAAGUCGCUGGACGUCGGCUGGACCGAGAGCUUGCCAUUCAUCAGCUUUUUGUUGUGCCGAAUUGAUCUGGACAUUGUUUUAGUCCAGUUGAAGGACAUUAUUGACGAACCGGUGGAAAAAUUGUCGAGGUAAGAGCGGAAUUUGGGUUGAAAUUGAAAAAAAAAUUUUUUUGCACGGUGCGAAAAGCCAAAACAAAUUUUUUUGCUUUGCACAGUGCGACGAGUUUAGGUUUUUCGCACCGUGCAGAGCUUUUUAUUUUUUGCAUGGUGCAAAAAUCUUUUUAUUUUUUUGCACAGUGCGAAGUUUCAAAAAGAUUUUUUUGCACGGUGCGCAGCGACAAACAUUUUUUUUCGUUUUGCACGGUGCGAAAAACCAAAAAAUAUAUAUUUUUUUUGCUUUGCACAGUGCGACGAGUUUAGGUUUUUUGCACCGUGCAGACCUUUUUAUUUUUUGCACUGUGCGAAAUUUCAAAAAGAUUUUUUGCACGGUGCGAAGCGACAAGUUUUUUUUCGUGUUGCACGGUGCGAAAAUCUUUACUGUUGUUUGCACUGUGCGAAAUUUCAAAAAGUUUUUUGCCCUGUGCGAGAAAAACAAAUUUGCACGGUGCGAAAUGAUAUUUUUUUUUUCGACUGCACGGUGCAAAGACAAAAAAAAUUUUUUGACUGCACAGUGCAAAAUUCAAAAAAAAAUUCCGCACAGUGCAGUCAGAAAAAUUAUUUAUUUUUGACUGCACAGUGCGAGAAAUGAUAUUUUUUUCGACUGCACGGUGCAAAAAUCUUUUUUGUUUUUUGCACUGUGCAAAAAAUCGCAAGGAAAUUUACAAAAAAUUUUUUGCUUUGCACAGUGCGCAGGACUUCGAUUUUUGCAGAUCUUUUUGCACUCCAUUUUUUGCACCGUGCGGGAACAAAGUAAAGAAUUUUUAAAGGUUUUUGUGUUGUCUACAAUGUAUGAAACAUAUUUUAAUAAAAAAAUGUGAUUUUCAAUAUUUCCGCACAGUGCAGUUGCUAAUUUUUAUUUUUCCGCACGGUGCAGUCGGAAAAUUUUUCUUUUGUUUCGCACAGUGCAGAGAAGUAAAAUUUGUUUUGUUUUAUUUCAAUUUGCGGUACAAAAAUUUGAAGAAAAAUAUCUUUUCAGAGUCCUUUCUCAACUCCUCCUCGCAGCUCUCGACGAAAUUUUCGAAUCCACGGAGAAUUUGGCGCACGUUGAGGAGGCACUUUCGUUUUUCCAAGUCUCCCUCCUCCACAUCUUCAGAGCCAACCCAGCCUUCCAUAAACAGUUCAAAACUCUGAUUUCGGACGCCCUCAGGCAAAAGGAUUUCAUUCAGAAAAUUUUGAGAAUUUCCUUUUUGACCCCAAAAGUUUACGGAACUUUUAUGACGAUUCUGGUGCAGCUGGACUACUUUGAAAAGGAGAUUGGAAAACUUUAUUCUGCAAAUUGUUUGCCUCAGUAAGUUGUUUUGACAAGGAAAGUACUUCUAUGGGGUGUGGAAUUACCGGUCGAGAUAUAUAUCAAAAAAUUCGCAAAAAUUUUCUGAUUCAGAAUAUAUAAAAAUUGGCUGCCUAAUUUUGGUCUAUCAACGAGUUUUAUCAAUAAAUGUAUUUCUCGAGGAAAAAAAUCUGCGGAAACAAAAGCGCGCUCGGUCUCUUCCUUCGGAAGAGAGCGGUGUGGCCGAGUGGUUAGAGCGCUAGAUUGGAAAUCCGAGGGGAACGGGUUCGAUUCUUUUUGCCACACUAGAACCCAUUUUUUACAUUGGAACUACUUUUAAGGUGUAGUUGUAAUCCAAUUUGAUAUUUUAAGGCUUGUCAAGGCCUCAAAAUUUAUUUUAGCACAAAACAAAAUUUUUUUAUUGGUAAAAACACGGUCAAAAAGACACUUGCAUUGUGUCGCGAGAAAACUUCUGAGGACAAAAACAUGUCAUCAGAUCAAAAUUAGGCAGCUAAUUUAUAUAUAUUCUGAAUCAGAAAAUUUUUGCGAUUUUUUUGAUAUAUAUCUCGACCGGUAAUUCCACACCCCAUAGAAGUACUUUCCUUGUGAGAUUUUUUGAGUGCACAGUGCAAAAAAAAAGAACUUUUGGUUUUUGAUCGCACUGUGCAAAAUUUUAUUUCAAUUUUUGAUCGCACUGUGCAAAACCAAAUUAUUUUUGAUUGCACCGUGCAGACAAGCUUUUUUUGACUGCACUGUGCAAAAAAUUUAUUCUGGGUUUCAUCGCACUGUGCAAGGUUUUAUUUUAUUUUGGUUUGACUGCACAGUGCAAAAAAUGUUUCUUAACUGCACAGUGCAAUAGAAGUUUGCUUUCCGGCCGCACUGUGCAAAAAAAAUUUUUUUUGGAUUGCACUGUGCAAAAGCAAAUUUAUUUAUGUUUGGUUUUUUAUCGCACUGUGCAAAAAAAAUUUAUUUGUCCGCACUGUGCGAAAUUUUUAUUUCAAUUUUUGACUGCACCGUGCAAAAUUUUAUUUCAGUUUUUGACUGCACUGUGCGAAAUUUUAUUUCAAUUUUUGACUGCACCGUGCAAAAUUUUAUUUCAAUUUUUGACUGCACUGUGCAAAAAAAUUUAUUUUUCCGCACUGUGCGAAAUUUUUAUUUAAAAAUUUUUUAAGCAAUGCGAAGCAAUUAUCCACAUUAUUAUUGAUCCAAAAAGCGACCGAUCGAAGGGCCUCUGCCUCUCCAGAAUUUGAAGACUUUCUCCUUUCAUUGCCUCCGGAAACAACCGUUCGAUUUGUGAAAAUGCUUACGGAAAAGCAGAUUUCGUCUGUAAAAGAGCGAUUUAGCAAGCAGAAUAUCGAAAAAAUUGUUCAAAAAUGCGAAGAAUAUUUGAGGAGCAACCCGAUUGUGAGUUUUUACAUGUUUUUUUGCUUUUUUUUGUGUUUUUUGUCUAAUUUUGAGAUUUUUUAGCUUGGAUUGGAAUAUGGACUGAAUUUAUUGGCCGAAAAAGAGGAAAUUCGAAGUGAUAGUAGUGAAAAGAGACUCGAAUUGACCUCUGAGCCGGGUUUACACAUGAAUUUAAUCGAAGGAAUCAAUCAAAAAAGUAGCACGGUGGAAGAUGACCUAGAUUGCUUGGCUCAAAUGGCCUUACAAAUGGAAAAAGAGGAAAGAAUUGCAGUUAUUGAGGCAAUUGUAGGUUGUUUUGAGCAAAUUUGAAGCGUUUUGGAGCAAAAAAAAAUUUUUUUUAUUCUUUUUUAUUGCACAGUGUGGUCCGAAAAUUUGAAAAAACUGCACUGUGCAGUGAAAAAAAUCAAAAAAAAUGUCGGUCAGAUUUUGAUUUUUUAUUUUUCCAAGUUUCGUUUUGCAGCAAAAAAAAAUUUUUUUUAAUUUUUUAUUGCACAGUGCGUUCCGAAAAUUUGAAAAAACUGCACUGUGCAGUGAAAAAAAUCAAAAAAAAUGUCGCACAGAUUUUGAUUUUUUUAUUUUUCCAAAAAUUUUUUUUUGCAGUCCGAAAAUUUAAAAAAACUGCGCUGUGCAGUGCGAAAAUCGAAAAAAAAAUCGAAAAAAAUCGUGAUUUUUUAUUUUUUCGAAUUUUUUUGCAGUCCGACAUUUUCCGAACAACUUUUCUCCAAAUUUGGAACCAUUUUCGAGCAAAAACAAUUUUUUUUUAUUGCACAGUGCGGUCCAAAAAUUUGAAAAAACUGCACUGUGCAGUGAAAAAAAAUCAAAAAAAAUCUCGCUCAGACCUUGAUUUUUUAUUUUUCCAAAUUUUUUUUUUUUGCAGUCCAACAUUUUCCGACCAACUUUUCUCACCAAAAUAUUCGAAUAUCUGAACGACGAACUCCGCAAAAUAACCAUCGAAAAUUACCGAAUCGACAAAAUGAGAGACUCCUCAAAUUUGAUGAAAUUUGCGGAGGAAUUGCUCAAUUGGAUAUCGAAGAACAAUGUGAAUUCAAGAGAUGUCCAGUCAGUCCUGAAUGGAAUCAGUCGGAUACCCAGUGAAUUUGAGGAAUUUGAGCGAAUUCGGAUUCAAAAUUUUGAUGAGAUUUUGAACAACGGAUUUGUUAUUGAUAUGGUAAGUGAGAAGGGAAGACAAAAGUUCCAAUGCUGUUGCGACUCGACUCGCAAAGAAUUGUAAAAAGUUUUUGCAACUAUAUUAUUUUUAUCUUUCCUCUUGUUUGUAAAGGGAAAAAUUUGUGAGCGUUCUUUACUCUCCAUUUCUCUCGCAAUUGUUUACUAAAAAGUCUCUUCAUUUUUCUCUUCUUUUCGCGAAACGCGAAAAUAACUCUCUUCGCUUUUUUCUAACGCAGAAAUUAUUGCGAAACAAAUCUAUCGCAUUCUAUUAGGUUGGGACGAAAGUUUUCCCCUUAAUUUUCGGGAAAAGUUAUGGAAGUUGUGGAACUUCCUGGAAAGUUCUAUCAUGUGACUAUGUAAGGGUGACUUGAUAGCAUAUAGAAUGAUAUGUAACUUGUCCCCAUAGCGCUCUCCAAACGUGGAAAAAUUUCCGUCCCAAAGUUGCUGUUUCGAUGCGUCAAAUUUUAAAACUAUCGCAGAAUACCAAAGCCCAUGGAAGAUAUAAACGAAGUCUAGGAUGUUAUAGGCAAGGACGUCCUCUUUUAUUUUGUGGCCAAGUAUUGGUUCCAGAGGUUCAAAAAAAGGAGUUAGACGACCAAGUUCUGGCGGCCAUCUGAGAUAGAUGAUGACGCCCUAAAAGGCUUAAUCGUGAGCUAUCCCAAAUUGCCAUUACGUGAACUUGGAGAGCUCUUUGGGUUCUCCCAUACUACCAUUAUGGACCAUCUACAUCGGUUGGGAAAAGUGUGGAAGUGUGGUUAAUUUGUUCCGCACGAACUUUCGGAGUCACGGCUUAUACUGUUGCUCCUAAUUUUUGUCGUACCGCCGCAGGCUGACUUGGCUGACCAAUAUCAUUACAGGGAACCAGAAAUGGGUGAUGUAUAUAAACCAUACCCGCAAGCUUCAUUAGCUUGAACCCGACCAUCACGGUGAACCAACCCCAAAACCAAAAUUCCCCCAAAAAAGGUCAUGUUCUGCGAUUGGUGGACCUGUAUGGGAGGUAUUUAUUAGGAAUGGCUCCCUGAUGGUAAAACUGUCACUAUAUAACAUUAUUAUCGCCAGUUGGACCUCGUCGCCGAAAAUGCUAGAUAAAAGUGGAACAAAUGUUCCUCCUUCACGACAACGCCUGCUACCACAUUGCAAAAAUCGCGCGCAAAAAAUUCAGGGAGAAUGCAUGGACUUUUCUGCCCUACCCACACUACACCCCAGCCUUGGCACCUUCUGAUUACCAUUUGAUCAGAUUGCUAAGCUACCGUUUGGGAGAUGUGCGGUUCGAUUGUUUGGGGGACCUCAAAACAGGUCUUUCUGACAUUUUUUAUUAUAAAUACCCCAGUUUUUAAGCUCGCCAAUUGAAUCCUUGUCGGUACGUUGGCAAUACGUAGUGGAUACCGACGGUGGAUGUUAUGUUUGGUUUCCCGUUACAACUGUCAAAAUAAAUUUGUUUGGAAAAAAACAAGAAAAAGGGGAAAACUUUCGUCCCAACCUAAUAGAAACGAAUUAUGUCACGACAUAUUUGUCUAAAUUUCGAAAUUGUUAUGAAACAGUGCGAAAAUUGUUUUCAUUUUGCACAGUGCAACCAAAAUUUUUGUCGCUAAUUUUUUGCACUGUGCAAUCAAAAAAAUUUUGACUUGACUGCACAGUGCGAAAACUGUUUUCAUUUUGCACUGUGCAGUCAAAUUUUGUGUCGCUAAUUUUUUGCACUGUGCAAUCCAACUUUUUGUCGCAAGUUUUUUGCACUGUGCGAUCCAAAAAACUUUUGACUGCACAGUGCGAAAAUUCUUUUCAUUUUGCACUGUGCGAUCCAAGAAAGUUGUGACUGCACAGUGCGAAAAUUCUUUUUGUUUCGCACUGUGCAAUCGAACUUUUUUGUCGCUAAUUUUUUGCACUGUGCAAUCCCAAAAAGUUCGGCUUGACUGCACAGUGCGAAAAUUCUUUUUGUUUUGCCCUGUGCAAACGAACUUUUUGUCGCUAAUUUUUUGGUGUGCAAUCCCAAAAAAGUUCGACUUGACUGCACAGUGUGCGAAAAUUCUUUUUGUUUUGCACUGUGCAAUCGAACUUUUUGUCGCUAAUUUUCUGCACUGUGCAAUCCAAAAAAGUUUUGACUGCACGGUGCGAAAAGUAUUUCCAAAAGUUUGUUACCCCAAAAAAGCAAAUCAAAGCAAUUUUUUCAGAUCGAAUCCGAUCUUUCUGGCCUCACUCUUCAAGCCGACUUCUACACCGCCCUCACGGAGCUCAUAAAACGCUCGGACUUGACGGCCUACGACAACAAUGACCAAUUUUGCAUCGAAAAUUUUUCGAAUUUCUUUUCCAUGACCAUUGACCAGCUGGAAAGGCAGAUCCCAAAAACGGAUCGACUCAAAAUCGAUAAAAAUUGGAAGCUGGUCAUCAGUGGAGAGGAUGAAAAUGACGAAAUUUUGGAGGCAUUUCUUUAUUCCCAGAAGGCCGCACAUAUUUUACAGAUGAAAAAAUUGAAUGGAAUGCCGAAUCAGCACUUUGAGGCGGUCAAAAAGGCAAUUUUAUGUGAGUUUUGAGAAAUUCUUAUAUUACUUUAGGUAAAAAUUGAUGAUUUUUUGGAUUUUUGAAGGUUGAGAGGGGGGUUUUAAGACAUUUUGAGGUUGGAUUUAUAUUGUUUUAGAUAAAAAUGGAAGAAAAUUUUGAUUUGCGAGAAAAUUUUAGAUUACUUUAGGUGAAAAUUGAUGAUUUUUUUGAUUUUUGAAGGUUGAGAGGGGUGUUUUAAGACAUUUUGAGGUUGGAUUUAUAUUGUUUUAGAUAAAAAUGGAAGAAAAUUUUGAUUUGCGAGAAAAUUUUAGAUUACUUUAGGUGAAAAUUGAUGAUUUUUUUGAUUUUUGAAGGUUGAGAGGGGUGUUUUAAGACAUUUUGAGGUUGGAUUUAUAUUUUUUUAGGUAAAAAUGGAAGAAAUUUUUAUUUUGCGAGAAAAUUUUAUAUUACUUUAGGUGAAAAUUGAUGAUUGUUUGGAUUUUUGAAGGUUGAGAGAGGCAUUUUAAGACAGUUUGAGGUUGGAUUUAUAUUGUUUUAGGUAAAAAUGGAAGAAAUUUUUGAUUUGCGAGAAGAUUUUAUAUUACUUUAGGUAAAAAUUGAUGAUUUUUUGAAUCUAAAAAGCUCCCAGAAAGUUUCAGUUUGUUUUUUACGGAAUUUUCAGUCGUAUUUUAUAUUGCUUUAAUACAAAUUUGACAAAAAACUAAAAAAAUUUUUUUUGAUUUUGAAAUUUUUUAUAUUGUUUUAGGUAAAAACCCUCUAAAAAAUCCUUUUUCAGCCAUUCUAAGGCUCAAUGUGUUCUCCAAAAUGUUCCUUUUCCCACAAAAAGCGCUGGUCCGAGGAGUUUCCCUUCAAAUUGAACCCCAAAAAGACAAAAUUUCUAUCCCAAUGAUCUCAAUUCACCUCCUCAGCGACUUUGAAAUCCUCUCGGACUUUUUGCAACGCAUUUUCUUGCUCGGAUGGACCAAAAAAUCCCAAUUUGAGGAGAUUUGGAUGUCACUUUUUGGGGUUUUAUGCUCAACUCCGAUCGGAAAUGAACUCCAAGGAGAAGAUGUGCAGGUAAAAUUAUAUUUUUUUGAUGAAAAAUUGGUGAAAAUUUAUUGAAAAUGGAUGGAAAUACCAAAAAAAAAAUUUUUUUUUCCGAAAAAAAUUUUGCAUUUUUUCGCACUGUGCGAAAUUUUUUUAUGAAGAUUGCACUGUGCAGUCGAAUUUUUCCUUUGCACCGUGCAAUCGGAAAUAUUUUUUGAUGCGAAAAAAAAAUUUUGUUUUGCACCGUGCAAAAAAGUAAAAAAAGUUCGACUGCACUGUGCGAAAGUUAUUUUUAUUUGCACUGUGCAACCAACCAAACUUUUUGUCGCUCUUUUUUUGCACUGUGCGGUGGAAAACAGCUUCAUUGCACGGUGCAAAAAAAGUUUUGCUGCACAGUGCGAACAUUCCUUUCAUUUCGCACUGUGCAACCAAACUUUUUAUCGCUCAUUUUUUUGCACUGUGCAAAAAAGUAAAAAAAGUUCGACUGCACUGUGCGAAAUUUAUUUUUAUUUGCACUGUGCAACCAACCAAACUUUUUGUCGCUCUUUUUUUGCACUGUGCGGAAAACAGUUUCAUUGCACCGUGGGAACAAUGUUUUCAUUUUGCACUGUGCAACCAAACUUUUUGUCGCUCAUUUUUUUGCACCGUGCAAAAACAAAGUUGACUGCACAGUGCGAACAUUCCUUUCAUUUCGCACUGUGCAACCAAAAUUUUUGUCGCAAAUUUUUUGCACCGUGCAAAAACAAAUUGGACUGCACGGUGCGAACAUUCCUUUCGUUUCGCACUGUGCAACCAACCAAACUUUUUGUCGCUCAUUUUUUUUGCACUGUGCAAAAACAAAUUUGACUGCACAGUGCGAACAUUUCUUUUCACUUUGCACUGUGCAACCAACCAAACUUUUUGUCGCUCAUUUUUUUGCACUGUGCAAAAACAAAUUUGACUGCGCAGUGCGAACAUUGUUUUCAUUUUGCACUGUGCAACCAAACUUUUUGUCGCAAAUUUUUUUGCACCGUGCAAAAAAGUUCGACUGCACUGUGCGAAAUUUAUUUUUAUUUGCACUGUGCAACCAACCAAACUUUUUGUCGCUCAUUUUUUGCACUGUGCAAAAACAAGACUGCACAGUGCUGAACAUUUCUUUCAUUUUGCACUGUGCAACCAAACUUUUUGUCGCUCAUUUUUUUUGCACUGUGCAAAAACAAAUUUGACUGCACAGUGCGAUCAUUUCUUUUCACUUUGCACUGUGCAACCAACCAAACUUUUUGUCGCUCAUUUUUUGCACUGUGCAAAAACAAGACUGCACAGUGCUGAACAUUUCUUUCAUUUUGCACUGCGCAACCAAACUUUUUGUCUCAAAUUUUUUGCACUGUGCGGUGGAAAACAGUUUCAUUGCACGGUGCGAACAUUUAUUUUCAUUUUGCGCUGUGCAACCAAACUUUUUGUCGCUCAUUUUUUUGCACCAUGGAAAAAAGUUUUGCUGCACAGUGCGAACAUUUCUUUUCACUUUGCACUGUGCAACCAAACUUUUUGUCACUCAUUUUUUUUGCACUGUGCAAAAACAAAUUUGACUGCACAGUGCGAACAUUUCUUUUCACUUUGCACUGUGCAACCAACCAAACUUUUUGUCGCUCAUUUUUUUUGCACUGUGCAAAAACAAAUUUGACUGCACAGUGCGAACAUUUCUUUUCACUUUGCACUGUGCAACCAACCAAACUUUUUGUCGCUCAUUUUUUUGCACUGUGCAAAAACAAAUUUGACUGCGCAGUGCGAACAUUGUUUUCAUUUUGCACUGUGCAACCAAACUUUUUGUCGCAAAUUUUUUUGCACCGUGCAAAAAAGUUCGACUGCACUGUGCGAAAUUUAUUUUUAUUUGCACUGUGCAACCAACCAAACUUUUUGUCGCUCAUUUUUUGCACUGUGCAAAAACAAGACUGCACAGUGCUGAACAUUUCUUUCAUUUUGCACUGUGCAACCAAACUUUUUGUCGCUCAUUUUUUUUGCACUGUGCAAAAACAAAUUUGACUGCACAGUGCGAUCAUUUCUUUUCACUUUGCACUGUGCAACCAACCAAACUUUUUGUCGCUCAUUUUUUGCACUGUGCAAAAACAAGACUGCACAGUGCUGAACAUUUCUUUCAUUUUGCACUGUGCAACCAAACUUUUUGUCUCAAAUUUUUUGCACUGUGCGGUGGAAAACAGUUUCAUUGCACGGUGCGAACAUUUAUUUUCAUUUUGCGCUGUGCAACCAAACUUUUUGUCGCUCAUUUUUUUGCACCAUGGAAAAAAGUUUUGCUGCACAGUGCGAACAUUUCUUUUCACUUUGCACUGUGCAACCAAACUUUUUGUCACUCAUUUUUUUUGCACUGUGCAAAAACAAAUUUGACUGCACAGUGCGAAAAUUCCUUUCAUUUCGCACUGUGCAACCAAACUUUUUGUCGCAGAUUUUUUGCACUGUGCAAUCCAACAAAAUUUGUUUUUUUUUUCUUUGCACUGUGCAAUCAAAAAAUUUUUUGACUGCACGGUGCGAAAAAUUUUUAUUUUUAUUUUUUUUGAUUUUUGAAAAAAAAUUUGCAAAAAUUGCACUUACGAUGUGUUUCAUUGUUAAAUCUGCCUUUUUCAGCAAAUUGUCGACCAACUUUCGGCCAGCACUCUGGCCGUGGAAGCGCUCACGGGGAUGCUGACCAUGUCCCUGCUAUACCCAACGCCCGGAGACACCGUAAAUAGCCGAUUCAUGAUCAAGACAAGACAGACCAGGGAUUCUUACUUGUUUUUGAACUCAUUGUAAGCUGAGAUUUGCUGAUUUUUUGAGAAAAAUUUGGGGAAAAUAAUGAUUUUUGGGAAGAUGAGGAAAUUUUGGGAUUGCACUGUGCGGAGAGAAGGCGGUGAAAUAAAAAAAUAAAAAUGUCUAAUGCGUUUUUAGAGCCUAGAUAUUGAUUGUUGAAAGUUUGAUGGCUCUGCUUCAAGUAUUUUUUGAGAUAUUGAAGGUUUUGUCAUCUAGUGUAAUAUUGGACCUUGAAGAAAAAAUAGCUCCUGGAUUUGGUUCAAAAUUUACUCAUAGCGCCUUGAGGGCAUUUAGAGCGACUUCUGAAAGUUUGAGGAUUAAAUGUUGACAUUCACCCAAGAUAUAAGAGAUUUGAUGAUCAAGUACAAUAUUGCGCUGUUUCAAAAAAUUUCUUCUCAAUUUCGACCAAAGCAUUUUUACAGUGCCCUUAGGCCAUGUAAAAAGUAUGCUGAGAGUUUAAGACAAUAACUCGCGGAUUUGGCCAAGAUAUAGACGUUUUCAUGACCAAGUAUAAUAUCGCACUGUGCGAUGAAAAUUUACUCAAAAAUUGACAUUUUUGUUUGGAUAAAAGUUGAUCAUUUGCCCUUUCAUGGCUUCUUUUACACUUCUCACUAACUUUUCACAUUUUCAAAAUUUCAGAAAUGGUCGAAAAGCCGCCAUUUCUCGGACUCAGGUCGAAAAUUCCUUCAAUCCCGCGCAAAUCUUCUCCGCAAACUUGGAAAAACUCGCCGCGGACGGCCAAAAAUACGCUCUGGGACAGACCUCGGUCUUCUAUUUGUGGAGCAUCACCGGCGAACUCGAACCAACCAACAAAAAACCGAGCGGAAUGCCCAAAAGUGUAAGCGAUUACCUAAUCCAGGCGUCCACGGACUUGGAUACGGUCAGCUCGCUGAAAUCGCUGUUUGAAAACUUUUUUCAUUGGUUCGAAAAUGGCUACAAGACCUUACCACUCCCCCUACUGGCGGCCAGCAUUAAAAGUGUAAGCGGAUUUUGGAGUUGUGGCGAUUUUUUAUAUUGUACUAGACAUCUGAUAAAAAAUUUUAUUUUUUUGCCCAUUUUUGAUGAAAUUGUUGCAGAUUGCCAUCCUCUCGGACAUGUUUGAUGAUAUCCAACUCUAUGUGAGAGUUUACGGGUAUUUGAAGGAGGUUUUUGUUAGUUUUCAUCUUCAAAAUCAUCCAGCACAAGGUCUCCUAAAUUAUUGUUUAUUGAAAUUUGCCGCCAUUGUCGACUUGGAAAGUGAGUUUAGAACGAAUCCUAAAGGAUUUUAGCUCAUUUAUAUCUAAUUUUUGUUUUUUAAAAUACCCGGAUUUCAACUGAAUCAAGACGGUUUUCAGGACUCGACUCAGACCCAAACGAAGCCCGAAAAAUCGUCGAUAGCAUGAUCGCGGACGCCCAAGAAGAAGAGGACACAUUCGUCCUGGACUGCACACUUCAUGGACUCCUGUAUUUACUACAGUCGGUCAUUGUCGACGAAUUCCAACAACAAUUAAAAGGGGUUGGGGAAAAAGUACUCGGGAAGUUGGAAAAAAUCCAUUCCAACUAUGAUUUGAUCCAUGAAGAGUAAGUGAAAUGGUCUUGCAAAGAGGCUACAGGGUCUGUAGAAGGGAUGGGCGAUGUUUUGGGGUGUUAGUUUUAGGGAUUACUGUAACUUUUUUGGAGAUUUUUUGAUUUUUUGGGGGUUUUUUGAAAAAAAUGAGGGAUUUUUGGAAAAAUUGAGGUUGAAAAUGCCCUGAGGUUGUUGAUUUUUUAUAAAAUUUUGUGAGGAGUUUUGUGGGUUACUGUAACUUAAAUUUUUUUAAAAUUUUUUUGAUUUUUUUUUUUUUGGAAAAGUUGAGGAAUUUUGAAAAAAUUGGAGUUUAAAAUGCCCUGAGGCUGUUGAUUUUUUUAUAAAAUUUUGGGAGGAGCUUUGUGGGUACUGUAACGUUAAUUUUUUAAUGAAAAAUCAAAAAAAAAAAAUUUUUUUUUUUUGAAAAAUCGAAAUUUUUUUUAAUAAAAAAUUACCCGCAAGCAUGGUUUUUUCAGUGAAUUAGAGACCAUGGAACAUCACAAACUCUUGUGGACCCUGAUCUUCCGCGUUUUUGAACAAUUCGGCCGAGGCGAUUCCGAAUUUGAUCAGCGAUUUUUGAAGGUACCCCAAAAAUUUUUUUUGACUAUAAAUUUGAAUUUAGCUCACCAAGACAGUCCUUAUGGACCCCAGAGUCCCAACAUGGCAAAAGAAUAUCGUUUCGAAUGGCAUUCAGGGAUUAGUUUGUCAUAGCGCAUCUUUCACAGAGGCCUUCCGAGAUUGCGCUGUUGGUAAGUUGUGGAUAUUGAUAGGGGAAAAUUAGGUGGUUGAGAGUGUAAUAGAUGUGUUUAGCUCUAAUAUAAGGGGUUUUGAAGGAUUCAGCGUUUGAUAUUAACUUAAAUACGUCAAAUUUUUCAAAAAUCCGGAGAUUUUUUGAUGAAAAUUUUGGUUUUAUUUUUUCGAGAUUUUUUGGGGGAAAUUUUGGGAAAUUGAAUAAUAGGGGUUGUAAUAGAAGCCAUUAGUUUCAAAAUGAGGUAUAGUUGAUUUUCUGAUCUUUUAUAUUACCUUAAAUACGUCAAAUUUUUCAAAAAUCCGGUGAUUUUUUGAUGAAUUUUUUUUUUAAUUUUAUGAGAUUUUUUGGCGGAAAUGUUGGGAAAAUGAAUAAUAGGGGUUGUAGUAGAAGCCAUUAGCUUCAAAAUGAGGUAUAAUAAAUUUUCUGGUCUUUUAUAUUACCUUAAAUACGUCAAAUUUUUCAAAAUCCGGAGAUUUUUUGAUGAAAAUUUUGGUUUAAUUUUUUUGAGAUUUUUUAUGGGAGAUUUUGGGAAAUUGAAUUAUAGACUUUGUAAUAGAAGCCUUUAGCUUCAAAAUGAGGCAUAGUAAAUUUUCUGAUCUUUUAUAUUACCUUAAAUACGUCAAAUUUUUCAAAAAUCCGGUGAUUUUUUGAUGAAUUUUUUUUUUAAUUUUAUGAGAUUUUUUGGCGGAAAUGUUGGGAAAAUGAAUAAUAGGGGUUGUAAUAGAAGCCAUUAGUUUCAAAAUGAGGUAUAGUUGAUUUUCUGAUCUUUUAUAUUACCUUAAAUACGUCAAAUUUUUCAAAAAUCCGGUGAUUUUUUGAUGAAUUUUUUUUUUAAUUUUAUGAGAUUUUUUGGCGGAAAUGUUGGGAAAAUGAAUAAUAGGGGUUGUAAUAGAAGCCAUUAGUUUCAAAAUGAGGUAUAGUUGAUUUUCUGAUCUUUUAUAUUACCUUAAAUACGUCAAAUUUUUCAAAAUCCGGAGAUUUUUUGAUGAAAAUUUUGGUUUAAUUUUUUUGAGAUUUUUUAUGGGAGAUUUUGGGAAAUUGAAUUAUAGACUUUGUAAUAGAAGCCUUUAGCUUCAAAAUGAGGCAUAGUAAAUUUUCUGAUCUUUUAUAUUACUGUAGAUAUAUCAAAUUUUCCAAACAUCCUCAUUUUCCGCUCAAAAAUUUGAUUUUUCCUUUCAGAACUCUUUGAUACCUAUCAACUCCGUCCAAAUCACUUAUCAAUGGCAUUAUCAGUAUAUUUCACAUGUGUUUAUCGCUCAAUCCAGGACAACCGGAGGUUUUCUCAACAAGAAAUGGACCAAUUUCGACAAGAGUUCCAAAAAAUAUUGAAUUUGUAAGAAAUUUGAAAUUUUUCCGACAAAAAAUCGGUCUGAAAACAUCUGUCAUGGUGUGAUUUUGUAGCUAAAUAUGUAGUGAAGACAAUAUUUGCAUUUCAGGUUCUCAUAUUACACGUUGAAGUCGGAAAUCCAACGGUUUUUACCGCCCAUCGCCGAAUUUUUCCUCAUUUUCUUCACUCGGAACGAACUUUUCGACACCAUUUUUGCCCUAAUUUCGAUGGAUGAGAAGUCAGAGACCAUCGGAGACUACGAUAGAUGCCUUUACCAUCUCCUACAUUACGCUCUACAACGGUCGGCAAAGGAAAAACCGAAAGAAACGCUCGAUUUUGUGCGAUUUUUCCUCUUGGAAAAGGUCCAAAACGUAAAAAGUCGCAGGAUUUCGAGGCAUUUGAAGGCUUUGAUUAUGGUUUCGGUCGCAUUUUCGAAAGAAGCGAGACUACUGUAAGUUUUGGGGCACUGAUUUUUUAUUUUUGGAAGAUUGGAGUGUCUGCACGGUGCAAGAUUUUUGAAUUUUUUGCACUGUGCGGUCUGAACCUCUGUCGCAAGUUUUUUUGCACUGUGCAGACUGAUUGUUUGUCGCAAGGUUUUUGCACAGUGAAGUUCAAAAGGGUUUUUUUGCACUGUGCGGAUGGAGUUUUUGUCGCAAGCUUUUUGCACAGUGCGUUUCAAAGGAUCUUUCUUCGCACUGUGCAACUACUACUAGUCGGGACAAAAAGUCCUGAUAAUUUUGCACCGUGCGGAUUUGAACGUUUUGGGUUGUCGCUGCGAAAAUCGCGAAAAAAGUGUUUUGCACGGUGCAUUUGACCCGAAAAGUGCAUUUGCACAGUGCAUUUUUGUUUGUUUUUGCCUUACGUCGCGCGCGAUUCCCCAUUUUUCGGAGCGACAAAUCGUUUUUUCAGAGUGCGACAGAAACCGCGCAAAAUCCGCACGGUGCAAAAUUAUCAGGACUUUUUGUCCCGACUAGUAGUCCGUCCGUAAAGUCGCUGGAAUGUUUUCGGCGACAUGCACCCCGCGAAACCGAAAGUUCACUUUGCACUGUGCAAUUUUUGGCUUUUUGCACAGUGCAAUGAGCUUUUUUGGGACGUCGCUCGCACCCUGAGUUUUCUUGCACAGUGCGCGUCGCCGAAAUCAUUCCAGCGACUUUACGGAAGGACUAGUAGAAAGUAUUUUUUUGGCACUGCGCGGAUGGAGUUUUUGUCGCAAGUUUUCUGCACUGUGCAGUAAAAAAAGUUUUCUUCGCACUGUGCAGUCGAAAACAUCCAUCUGUGCACCGUGCGGUUGAAUUUUUUGUCGCAAGCUUUUUGCACAGUGCAGUUCAAAAGAGUUUUUUGCACCGUGCGGAUGGAGUUUUUGUCGCAGGUGUGUAUGCACUGUGCAGUUCAAAAGAGUUUUUUUGCACUGUGCGGAUGGAGUUUUUGUCGCAAGUUUUUUGCACGGUGCAACUCAAAAUGUUCUUUCUUUGUACUGUGCGGGUAAAUUUUUUGUCGCAAGUUUUCUUGCACAGUGCGUUUCAAAAGAAAUUUCUUUGCACUGUGCAACUUGAAAAUUAUUUUUUUUUGCACUGUGCAGGUGGGUUUUUUUGUCGCAAGUUUUUUUGCACGAUGCAAUUUUUUGAUUUUUGUGCACUGUGCAAUAAAAAAUUAAAAGUGCACUGUGCAUUCGGAAGUUUUUCUUGUUAAUCUUUUGCACUGUGCGAAAUUUUUUUUGACACUUGCCAAUUUAACGUCCGAUUUUUUCAGAAUUCCCCAACUUUUGCGACGAAAUCCAGACGUUGAUGGUGUAUAUAACAAGGCAAAAGAGGUGUUUAUAGAAAAGGUAAGUUAAAUUUGUACUUUUUACUGUAUAAUAAAAUAAUUUUUAGGCCAAUUCACUUAACAUCAAACUCGGCGAACAAGAAUCUUCACUUUUGAACUGA